UUGUGAAAAUUAAAAAAGUUUUCCAGUAUUGAUUAAUUUGAGUACGUAAUUGCAAAAUAUGCUUUAGCUGAAAAUAUAAACAGCAGUAAAAUAUAUUUACUUGCAUUGAAUUUAGGAAUGCUGGUCCCUUUUUCCACACGGUUUUCCUUUCCGUCGUUGGAGUUUGCCAGCUGUCAAAACAAUGUUUUCGCUGUUCGGUCUCAGCAGUCUGCGGUGCGUUGCAUUGAAUUGAAUUAAUAACAGUAUUUAGUGCACAAAUCUUUACACAAUGCCAUUAUCCUCCAGUGACGAUAGAAUCGAAACGCAGACCUAUCCCGAGAGUGCUGAAUCGCAGAAGGCUAAGGAAAUGGAAAGGCGUCAUAAAAGAAACGAAGAUUUGGCUCGCUUCAUUCUAUCGCGAACUUCAAUCUACCUACACCGUAUCAACAAAGCUGUAUCGGAGACUGCCGCCCGGUAUAGGCUGCAGGAGAUUGCCCAAGCUGUUUUCGCCAGCCUGCAACAGUACCCGAUCCUGGCGCUUGCCGUAGCCAUUGUGAUAUUCACGUUUACCCUUCCGUUCCUGGUGUUUAUCUUCUUCACAAUGACCACAGCGGUGAUGGCCUUCACCGGGUUCGUGCUGAUAGAAGGCGCCCUAGUAACGGCUGCUUCGGUAAUGCUAGUAAGUUUGCUUAUUGGCGUAUUUUUAAUGAUGGCCAUUGUAGGGCUUAUGUUUUUAACCGGCUAUUUGGGCAUUUCGCGCGUGUACGAAUGUGUAACACGCUUUAAAGUGGAUGAUUUGCGCGAAUACUUGCGGGACAACUAAGUUCUUAAGGUAUAUAGUUAGCCCAUUUGUUGCAAUGUUUGAUUUCUUCCUCAUUUUUUGUACUUAAUUUCACAUCCUGAUCAGUACUAUACGAAACAUUUGUGUGACAGAAAUCAGUAUACUUUUAAAACAUUCAAGCAGCGAAAACGCAUUUGCUUGGCUGCGUACGUGAUUUAAGUUAUUUCAUAUUUAUGUUGGGUGUGGGAUGUUAGUUGAUUGAGCUCUGCAAAAGUUACCAGUUACCAAGCAAUUAUUCUCGAAUAACAUGUGCCAGCUAUGAACAAUUAAUGAUAUAUUCUAUCAGGUUCAAAUGAACCUAGGUUUUUGGGGGGGGGAUAAAUUAUAUAAUAAAAAGCUUUUGCAUGGCAGUUUCUAAA